UCUCAUCUGGUUUUUGGAGCUCGGCCUGCAAGUGUUUGCAGUGAUUAUAUUUUUUUAAUCCAGCUUCUUUAUUUCUGGCUCUACGUUUAUUAUAUUAGUGUAAUUCUGGUUUUCUCGCUGAGUGGUCCAGAUUUUUUUAAAUUUAAGCGUACAAUGUCGGUGAUCGAGUUCCUAAAGGAUCUGCCGUCUUACGAUGAACAUAACUUUACAUUAUACAACACGGAUCAUGGCAUCAGAUACUGCUCUAAGAGACCUUCGAUAUACCUCCCUACUAAGGACAUACCUUCAGAACAGAUAAUAGUAACAGAAAAAACAAAUAUCCUCCUAAGAUAUCUACACCAGCAGUGGGAGAAAAAGAACAACAACUCCCCAAAAAAAAGGGACCAGAGCCACCUCGAGCAGAACGGCGACGAGCCGCGCCCGCGCAAGAGGCCCUGCCUCAACUCCCCGCUCAACUGAAACUACUUCCGAGCAGUUGUGCUUCAGUAUUGAACAUUCAAGUGUACGGCAUUUUUGUAUUACAGUUUGUAUUCCGCUAUAUCAAAAUAUAAAAUAAAAUAAAAUAAAUAAAUAAAUAAGGGAAAGUUUACCUGUGGACAAUAUAAAAAUAAAAACCUGAACACAGCAAAUUAAACAUAUCUGAUAAAUCUUUUUGGUGUAUGGCAACACUAAUUUAUUGCCAGAUUUAACCGGCAACGAUGACAGUAGGAUCACAGAAUAAGUACCACCACCAAAACGAUAAUUAUUUUCGUAGUCGACAUCUAGUGUCAAGUAGCGGAUUUAUUAGUACUGCUACUAGACAAUAGAUGUCGCUUGACUUGAGUUAUCUGUCGAUACCCCCCGUCAGGGGGGUAUGAGGGGCCGCUACCGCACAAUGGCUGCGGCGGCUGUAGCUGGUCGCUUCCCCACCGACUGGUGGGGUGGUCGAAUGGCCGUCUUUUUGGGGACGGUGUGGGUAGCUGGUGUGGGCCAGCUCUUCGCUACCGAUCGUUAUCCAACCCCACGGCCCCUAACCUGGUGUUUAGAUGUCGCGACGAGCGAAAAGUCUACUGCUCAACAAUUUUCAAUAUUAUAACCGGAUUAACUGGAACUCUAUUUUCAACUCCUUAUGCUUGUAAUAGUAGUUGAAAAUUGAUGAGCAAUACACUUUUCGUUCGCAACACUCGUGACAUCUAGUAUCAAGUAGUGGUACUGAUCAAUCUGCUACUUGUCACUAGAUGUCGAUUACGAAAAUAAUAAGCGUUUUGGUAAGGAAACUGAUGUAUGGAGUAAGCACUCUAUGCUUAGAUGGACUCUUAAUUCAUUGCAGUCAGGUUUUAAUUUUUGUAACUAUCAAUGGUGUCCAGGUGGAACCGUCCAUAGGUUAGCAACUUGCCCUUUAACGUUUUUAUUUUGAGAAGGCAGUCAGUGCCAUCUUGUGAAUGAAUUUAUUUUAUAAGUUUAUGUACAUCCGUCGUCCAUCAGAAAGAUUGAGAUUUCAUUCCAGUAAAUCGUAAUUAAUUUAAUUGAUUAGCAGUAGUAAUUAAUAAUUAUUACACUUCUCGGAAUCGUAUCAUACAAUGCACCUUAAUAUUUGCAGUAUAAAUGUCAACAGUUUGGGAAGAUUUGAAAAUCAAAGGCAAAAAUAGAGAAUAAAUUGCUUUACAAAGUGUUUAAUUACUUAUUUUGUUGUUAAUCAUGACUGUGUGUAAUGGUACUGGUAAUAAACAACUAAUUAGACUUUAGAUUGGUGAAGUGUGUUCAGCAACCUAAGUGAUUUGGGCUGGAUAUCCGAGUUUCAAGAAAUCAGGAAAUGCGUUACUAUGUAAUCAAAUAUUGUGUUCAAAAGAUAGUCAUAAUUAACUAUCAAUUAAAGCUCACCUAACUGAUUGUAGUGAAGAAUAGUGCAGUUUUUAUCAAAAUUGUCACCUUAUCAAUCUGUUAUGUUAAAUUAUGCUAAUUACCUAACGAUUUCAUCAUAUCAGAUAAACUAGUCUCAAGUCUUGAUUUAAAAUAUAAAUUAAUCAAGCUUGGGUCAGUACAGUGACAUAUAUCUAAGGACGGGCACUAAGAAUGGUGCUACUGCUAGUUCAGUGGUGUCACUCACGAAUUCGUGCCAAUCCAACUUACGCAAUAACUAGUUGCGACCAAUCGCGCGCGUGCUCGAACUCGUCAACCAAUCGCAUUGUGACGUUAGACUGCACGAUUGGCUCGAAUUCCUGUGCGUGACAACGCUGCACUUGCCUCAUUCUUAGUAAGGCCCGUCCGUGUAUGGGUAAACUCGAUUUUUCCAAUAUUAAGGAUUAAUUGAAUUGAAGAACUCUAAAUAAUUUAAUUGUUUCAAUCAGUGGCCACCAUGAUUGGUUGUCGGCUAACAAUGCAAUAAGUAGAUUAAUCUGUAAUUUAUAAAAUGCAUGUUUAAAUUUUAGUUAAUUUUCAUCUUUUUAUCUGAAGUGGAAAUAAAAAAAUAUACGGAUGA